UGAAUCUGGCGAGUCAGUUCUAAAUAUUCAAUCUUUUGAUUCCUCUUCCAAUCUUUAUCGACGAAUCGCUUCAUCGUUGCCGUCGUUUCUCCUCUCUUAAUCACUCAUUCAUGUUCUUUAGUAAAUCUUUUCAAGAGAAUUGGUGUCUUUCCAACUCUCUCUUUCUUCUCCUGUAUAACCCACUUCAUGAAAGGUUUAAUCAAAAGCAAUCUCUUCCGAGGGGAAAUGUGAAGCCUUCGAGUCACUGAGCUUGCAAUCAAAGCAAUCUCUUCCCCUGGGAUUUCAAGCUUAAAGUUUAUGAAUCUCAACCCACAACUCCGAACCAUGAUUGAUUCGAAUCCUCAGUUGAGGGAGAUGAUGCAGAAUCCAGAUUCCCUUCGUCAGUUUAGCUCUCCAGAGAUGAUGCAGAAAAUGGCGACUCUACAACAAUCACUUUUCCCUCAGAAUAGGAAUACGACCAGCAAUCUCGGUGCUGGCGGCCUGAGUGGCACGAACCAAUCCUAUGGUUCUACAGGGUGCCUAAGUACUGUUUAA